AUGACAGACCAGGAGAAGCAGCUGCAGUGCUGGGUUGAGUACUAUCUCAAGUUGUAUGCAACCCAGAACAUUGUCACAGUCACAGCCGUCGAGGACAUCCCGGAUCUGCCGGUCAUGGAAGAAAAAGACAGGCGACAAACCAUGGAAGAGCUUGGAAAAGCCAUUGACUGCCUUGCUAGUGACAAGGCACACAGCUCUUACAGCCUGUGUGGAGUACUACUGGUAUGGAGGCCGGUCCAGUCCAGUGAACCGGUGACUUAUUGUGUGCAGUACUGUAGUGAUGGUGAAAAGUGGACAGUCCUGUCAGAAGAGGUGACAGACAGCUGUUACGUGGUAAAGGACUUACCCAGAGGACUGUCUUAUGUCUUCAGGGUGGGCUGCAUCACUAAGACAGGAGCAGGACCUUUCAGUGAUGCUUCACCGCCUGUUGUUAUGGCUACUCACCCUGAAGAGGUUCACAUUCCUCUCAUUCUGACUGAGUGCCCAGGGUCAAAGGUCACUGGAUUAGGGCAACAGACCACACACAAGACCUACACCUUCCUGUCUGAGAUCAAUAGAGGCCGUUUCAGCGUGGUGACUGAGUGUAGGGACGAGGAGAGCAGAAAAAUGUUUGCUGCCAAGAUCACACCGUACCGGGCAGAGCAGAGACUGAUGGUUCUGAGAGAGUACCAGCUGCUGAAGAGCCUCCGUCACUCCCACCUGGUGCAGCUGCACAUGGCCUACAUCACCUCCCGCUACCUGGUGUUAGUGGAGGAGCUCUACCCCGGCAAAGAGCUGCUCCACAGUUUGGCUGGAAGGGAUCUGUACGCAGAGAGGCAUGUGACUGAGCUGCUGAUUCAGAUUCUGGGCGCAGUCAACUACCUUCACAGCCGGCGAGUCGUCCACUUAGACCUGAAAUCUGACAACAUGUUAGUGAACCAUCACAACAAAGUCAAGAUUGUCGACUUUGGCUCGGCUCAGUCCUUCACAUAUGGACAACCGCUCAACAUAGAGCACAUCCAGGGCCUGUCUGGAAACAGAGUUUAUAUUGUCCUUCCCAAAGCUCCGGAAAUCCUAGAUGGCCAGGGUGUUGGGCCAGAGACUGACAUAUGGGCUAUUGGAGUUCUCUCUUUCAUCAUGUUGAGUGCCGACAGCCCAUUUCACGCAGAGCACAGCUGGGAACAAGACAAAUACAUCAAGAAAGGAAAGAUCCAGUUUGGUCGCUGUUAUCCUGGUCUGUCAGAAGGAGCCUUAAACUUCAUGAAGAGGACCCUCAACAACAAAACCUGGGGGAGACCCACAGCUGCUGAAUGUCUCCAAAAUCCAUGGCUACGUGGCCAACGCUCCUCCAGCAGACCCCAAGCCUCCAAAGUGUGUUUCUCCACUGACAAGCUGAAAGCUUACCUUAAGCAGAGGGAGGUCAAACGAGACGAGAUCCGCAUCAAGAUUCAGGGCCCCUUCUUCCAGUAAGACAGUAAUGCUAA